UUCUAAGGCAUCCCUUCAGCCAUGGCAAUCUCUAAAGCUUUCUCCCUUUCUUUUCUUCUGCUGUUGGGUUUCGGCUUAGCUUCGGCUGCCAGAACCCUUCUCGGCCAUGAGCCUGAUGCAUAUAACCCUUAUGAUCGGAGAGUAGGAUAUGAUCGCGACCACCAUGAUGGUGCAUAUGGUGGUGGUUCUGGUGGAGGAUAUGGUGCYGGAGCUGGCUCUUCUCUGGGAGGUUCUGGAUAUGGAAGYGGUGGCGGCGGAGGAGGUGGUUCUGGAUAUGGUGGUGCAGGAGAUCAUGGAGUUGGUUACGGGAGUGGUGGAGGUGGUGGAUAUGGAGGAGGGAUGGGAUCUGGCCUUGGAGGCGCUGGAUACGGGAGUGGCGGCGGUGGAGGAAGCGGCGGAGGAUAUGGAGAUGCAGGUGGGCGUGGAAAAGGAUACGGUAGCGGUGGUGGUGGAGGAAGUGGAUAUGGAGGCGGAGGAGACCAUGGGGCUGGUUAUGGUAGCGGCGGAGGUGGAGGAUACGGAAGUGGAGGCGGUGGSGGUGCUGGAUAUGGUCCGGGAGAGCAUGGUGUUGGUUAUGGAAGUGGAGGAGGAGGAGGAUCUGGUGGUGGUUAUGGUGGUUCUAAAGGUGGCUACGGAGGCGGUAGCGGCGGCGGAAAAGGUGGAGGAGGAGGGUACGGUGCUGGAGGAGCGCACGGAGGCGGAUAUGGAGGCGGCGGAGGAUCAGGAGGUGGCUACGGCAGCAGUGGUGAAGAAGGAGGAUAUGACGGUGGAUAUUGAGAAAGCUUUGCUUAUCCCUCGGUUGGAACAUGAAAAUGAUUAUCCAAUAUUCUACUCUUAUGUAUCAACAAAAAUAAAAUAAUGAAUUUGGGUAA